AUGUUUAUGUUUACGGCAUUGAGCAAAGCUCCAGUAUUGAUAGCGAUGAUGGCUGGCGAAGCAGCUAAUUUGGAAGCACCUAAUGAGGUGAUUGUUCGGAAAGCUAUGAAUGUACUGGCAAACAUUUUUGGAUCUGCUUGUCCAAAAGGGGUGAGUUUCAAACUUAACAACAAUAGUUUCUAUUGCGGUUUUUUGACUCAAAGAGACCUUUGUGACAUACUAGCUGAGCCCGUUCGAGCACAACUGGAAGAUGGAACCUACGGCGGCGAAGAGCGUGUCUUUUUCGCUGGAGAGCACACAAGUGGACGUUAUCCUGCCUCAGUUCAGGGCGCCUGGUUGAGUGGCAUCCGAGAGGCGGCGAGAAUAGCUGAUAUCUUCUUAGGAUGUCCCUUCUCAGCAUCAAGUGCUGCUGACCCAGAGUGUGUUCUGCUCGACAGUGAUGAUGAUGUGGAAAUGGUAGACAGUAGUACAGCAAACAGUGAAACGGCUGCUGCUCCUGUGGAACAACCUACCGCUGGUGCGGAACAGCCUCCAACUGAAAAGGGGAAGGAAAAUGGCGGUUCACACUCUGCGGAUGUAGAAAUGGAUAACGGGGAGCCGGAGAGUAAGCGCCCAAAGAAAGAGGACUCUGACGAAUGA